GUCUCAUUAGUACACACCUCAAGAGGAAGUUUUGCUAAUUUCCUUGCUGAGAGAGAGUCAUGGGAUUUGUAGAGAGAUCUGUAGUUUUCUUGAUGGUUAUGAUGGUAGCUAUCAAGGUUUCAAAUGCAGCUGUUCACAAGGUUGGAGACUCUUCUGGCUGGACAAUCAUUGGUAGUAUAGAUUACAAGAAAUGGGCUGCUACUAAGAACUUCCAAAUCGGCGACACUAUCGUUUUUGAAUACAAUUCUCAAUUCCACAAUGUGAUGCGUGUGACACACGCUAUGUACAAGUCAUGCAAUGGAUCAUCCCCUUUAACAACCUUCUCCACUGGCAAAGACUCCAUAAAGAUAACAAAUUAUGGUCAUCAUUUUUUCUUGUGUGGCAUUCCUGGCCAUUGCCAAGCAGGACAAAAAGUUGAUAUCAAUGUGCUUAAUGUUUCUGCUUCAGCAGCACCAACAAAAUCUCCAUCAGCAUUGGCAUCUCCAGUCCCAGUUGCCAGUACACAGGCACCUUCUCCGAACAAUGCUUCACCAUUGAUUGUUGCAAAGGGAGCUUUUGGUAUUAUUGGUUUGGCCAUGACAGUUUUAGUGUUUUCUAUUUCUACUUAAGCAUAAUAAAAAGUUGUCCUUGUUUGUUGUUAGAGUUUGUUUUAAGUCAUAAGGGCUAUUUUUCUUUUUGCUGUAGGAUAUGUCAAGACAAUUUUUUAAAGGUUCAUUAUUAUGAUCCUUCACCUAGAUUGAAGGCAUGCUUGUAUCCUUCAUUAUCUUUUUAUUGUAUACUAAAAAGAAGAUUAAUAAAUUUAAGUACAUUUUAUGGUAGUAAA